AUGACGAAUUGUAAACUUCGUUUACCAUAUAUCCUGAAGCAAGUCUUGCUCCAUCGUCGACGAAAAACCAAACUUCCAGUGCGAAUUCAAGAUCUGCCCAUCGAUGUCAUACUCUGGAUCCUGGAUUUUCUGGACCCCGUCGAUCGUACCCUCUUCGCAUACACAUGCAAAGCCUUCCGAGCAGAUCCGAUUAUCAAGCACUCCUGCGGUGAUUGUUUCGGCGUCAAGACAAGGACACUCCAGUUGAUUAGGAUUUACGGCUGCGAGUGGUGCUCACCAGGCCGCUGGGCGAUACUCGGCAGAAAAAUCGACUGGCAAACAAAGUUACUCGACGGCAGUAUGCUUGUUUUCCCUGAAGCUAUGCUAGAUGCCAUCGCCAUGACUAUGAGCAAACGACUGUUGCAGCCGGCCUGUCUGGCUCGAAGCUUCCUCCUGGACGUGCGGUAUCCCAAUUUCGAGAAGUCGCUACUCAGAGACCCUGUGUUCAUUUAUACGGUGUUGCCGUUUCUGUUGUCUUCUCUGGGCUGGGUGCUGGUGGUCGCGUGGCAGAAAAUAACGCGUGUGAAAAAAGUCGUUUUGAAAAGUGGUAGAAAGGUGCGUAUGAUCUCGCCCAGUGAAGACUAUAGUCACGAUAAGUGGCUAACGCUCCCUGUCUGCCUGAAACACUUGAAAUCUGCACACAGGAUUGUGUACUCUUCAAACGAUCCGUUCGACGAGUCUGGUCACGAGUAG